UUUUCUUUUCAUUCAAUUCCAGAUUUAAACCACCACCAUGUCGAGCAAAAAGGCCAAGACCAAGACCACCAAGAAGCGCCCUCAGCGUGCAACAUCCAAUGUGUUCGCCAUGUUUGACCAGUCCCAGAUCCAGGAGUUCAAAGAGGCCUUCAACAUGAUCGACCAGAACCGGGAUGGCUUCAUUGACAAGGAGGACUUGCAUGACAUGCUGGCUUCUCUAGGCAAGAAUCCCACCGACGCCUACCUGGAUGCCAUGAUGAAUGAGGCCCCAGGCCCCAUCAACUUCACCAUGUUCCUCACCAUGUUUGGAGAGAAGUUGAAUGGCACAGAUCCCGAGGAUGUCAUCAGAAAUGCCUUCGCUUGCUUUGACGAGGAAGCAACAGGCACCAUCCAGGAGGAUUACCUGAGGGAGCUGCUCACAACCAUGGGCGACCGGUUCACAGAUGAGGAAGUGGAUGAGCUGUACAGGGAGGCCCCCAUUGACAAAAAGGGGAACUUCAACUACAUCGAGUUCACACGCAUCCUGAAGCACGGAGCGAAAGACAAGGACGACUGAAGAACUUGAGCUGAAACUCCUGCUGCGUUAGCUGACCGCUUCAUUUCUCAGACGCUUCUCCCACUUUGUAGGACCUAGUGCAUGCCACUUAGUUUCACAGCUUUGCCUCUCUUUAAUGUAUUUAUUUCAGACCUUUCUGUCACUUAGCACUUGUAUAAUCAGACUGGAAAUGGGGACAAUGUUGUAAAUUGUAUUGAAAAUGAGACACAAAUAAAAAUCAAAAAAUGUGAAAGCCCAGGAAAAUACAUCCGUAUUUCUGGUUUUGCUGGAUUUUUUACAUUUUUAUAUAAUAAAAAUGUUAUUUUGAAAUAAA